UGUAGCACCAGUAGAACCCAUGUGUAAACAAGCGUCGCUCUCCAGUUCUAUGAUAGAACCAGUACACACGGUGGGUUAGAGACAGAACCAGCACGUCCCAGUUCAUUUAAAAAACCUUAAAGAACAAAACAAACCUGUAUUCAGGAAACAGACGUUGACGGGAAAAUGGCGUCGUCAUCUAAACAAGAUGAAAGUGACGACGACAUGGACGAGUUCAUGGACAAAUUCAAGACCAUGAAAUAUAAAAACGGCUUCAGUAAAGACAACUGGGAAGAGGAAUUUGACAAAAUCCCCAUGUUCCUGAAAUCAGUGCCCGAUGAGAUCAACCCGGAGGAAUACCCGGAACUGGCCGCUAUCCAGUCCAUCAUCCACAGCGAGGACAGAACUCCAGAGGAACAAGCGAAAGCUCUGAAAAACGAGGGAAACGAGUUCUUCAAGGAGAAGCAGUACAAGAAGGCCAUAGUGGCGUACACAGCCGGUCUGCAGAAGAAGUGUGGAGACCAGGAGCUCAGCAAGGUUCUUCACACCAACCGGGCUGCAGCACACUUCUAUCUGGGCAACAUGCGCUCUGCACUGAACGAUGCUGCAGCUGCAAAGAAGAUCUCACCCGACCAUCUCAAAGCCUUGAUCAGAGGAGCUCAGUGUUGCGUAGAGCUCCGCCACUUCUCCGAGGCCGUCCAGUGGUGCGACGAGGGGCUGAAAGUUCAUCCGACCGACAAGAAGCUUCAGGAGCUGAGAGCCGCGGCAGAUAAACACAGGAGGGCAGUAGAAAGAGAUGCCAGGAAGGUCAAGGUGAAAGAGAAGAAGUUGCAUGAAGAGAAACAAGCUCUAGUGGCAGCUAUAAAGGACCGCGGCAUCAAGCUUCUCCAGUCGGCGAAGCCACGCGGUUCCGAGGACGAGCGUGAGGAUGGAGGCUCCUCUGCAGUGAUGUCACAGCUGAGUGUGGAUGGCCUGGAGUCCCAGGAGGCCACGGGCCAUCACGUGUUCCAGGACGAGCAGGGCUUCCUGCACUGGCCCGUCCUCUUCCUGUAUCCUGAGCACCAGCAGAGCGACUUCAUCUCGGCUUUCUGCGAGAGCAGCUGUAUCGUUGAUCACUUGACCGUCAUGUUUGGAGAAGAACUCCCCCCCUGGGACUCGGACAGAAAAUACCACCCACAAAAUCUGCAGCUGUACUUUGAAGAUGAAGAGAAGGAGACACUUUACCAAGUAAACCCAGAGACGCCACUGUUAAAAGUCUUGCAGCAUAAAAGGUAUUUCGUGAAGGCAGGAAGUCCGAGCUUCAUCGUUUUGGUAACGGGAUCCUCGUUCAGGGAGCAGUUUAUAACGGGAAAGAAAGUACGAGAAUUGAAAUUGUAGAUCAGUCUUCAAAUCUCUGAAUUUUAAGACACAAAAUUAUGUUUCUUUUCACCCCCAAAACACUUCCAUUGUUUAAGAAAAAGGCACGAAGGUACAUAUGUGUGUGUGUUUGUGCCUCGGUUACACUGUACGAAACAGAAUCUGAGUGUAAAUGAAAUAAAUGAAUUAUCUAAGA